AUGUCUAAAUACGAAAGGGAGAAAGACAAGUUCCAAGGAAAGGUUGCCAAGCCGAGAGGCGGCCGUGGCAACCGUGAUCUGAAAAAAGUUGACAGCGAGUACAAGCAGUUUGUCAAAGAGGCAGAAGCUACUGACAUGUUGCUUCAAGAAGAGGUUGGUUUUUUGGAGGCUGAUGGCCCCAUGGAAAAGACGUAUAAGUUCCGUCAAGAAGAUAUUGUGGAGGCUGUUGACCAGGCUACAUCCAACAAGAAAAUUGACUUGAAACUCACAGAAUUAGGACCUUACAGCUUGGACUUCACAAGAAAUGGACGGAAAAUGUUGAUUGCAGGUCGCAAAGGUCACGUUGCAUCGAUGGAUUGGAGGCUAGGCAAAUUGGACUGUGAGUUGUCUCUCAACGAGACUGUCCAUGCUGUCAAGUACUUCCAUAGCGACCAAUACUUUGCAGCAGCACAGAAGAAGUACGUUUUCGUCUAUGACAAGACAGGCUUGGAGCUCCAUAGAUUGGACCAACACCCGGACGUGACCAAGCUUGAUUUCUUACCCUACCACUUCUUGCUUGUUACUGCGGGAAACACUAGCAUGGUCAAGUUUCACGAUGUCUCCACCGGUUUUAUGGUGAGCGAGCACAAAACGAAACUGGGCCCCACACAGGCGAUGAAACAAAAUCCAUGGAACGCCGUCAUUAAUUUGGGCCACACAAAUGGAACUGUUACCAUGUGGAGUCCAUCAAUGGGCAAGCCGUUGGCCAAAAUGCAACUGAAUAGAGGACCGGUCAGGGACAUCGCCGUGGACAGAGAGGGAAAAUAUAUGGCUGUGAGCGGCAGCGACAAGACCCUCCGUCUUUGGGACUUGCGUAUGCUCAAAGAGUUGGAUGUAUACCACACCCAGACCCCUGCAAUGUCGUUGGAUGUGUCUGAUACUGGACUUCUUGCUGCUGGAUGGGGUCCAAACAUCACUAUCUGGAAGGAUGCGUUUAAGACACACCAACGCGAACCAUACAUGAAACACUUGCUCCCGUCGUCAAAGGUGGAGCGUGCACGGUUUGUUCCCCUUGAAGAUGUGUUGGGAGUUGGUCACGCUAAGGGAGUCUCGACUGUGAUUGUUCCAGGAGCCGGUGAGGCCAACUACGAUGCUUUGGAAGUGAAUCCAUACGAGUCUGGAAAGCAAAGACAAGAGGGCGAAGUGCGUGCUUUGCUCAACAAGUUGGCGCCAGAUACCAUUGCCAUGGAUCCUACAUUUAUUGGUACCGUGGACAAACAGGCGCGCAACAUCCGGUUGACGCGGGAAGAGUUAGAGCAAGCAAAGGUGCAAGAAGAGAAGGAGCGCGAAGCGCAACUCGAGGCUCGCCCAGAUCUUCCAGAGAAGCACUCCAAAUUGAAACGGUACUUGGCCAAGAGCAAGAGCAACGUGAUGGACGCGCGCAAGAUGCGCGCGCAGCGCAACUUGGAGUUGGAGAAAGAGCGCAGAGAGCGGAUGAGGCUCAAGGAAAUGGGCGUGCCGGACGAAAAGGACAAGUUGGGCCCUGCGUUGGGACGGUUCGUUUGA